ACACGGUCACACCGCUCGAGAAGUAGAGAAAAAAAGAAGGCGACGAAUCAAAAGCAGCAAGCAAAAUCGACGCCGCACGUACCGGGAGCAUUUAAAUAAUUUUUUCUGUAGAUUAAUUUAACCGAAAAGGCUUCAACACAAUGACUGAGCGCGAGAACAAUGUGUACAAGGCAAAGCUGGCCGAACAGGCCGAGCGCUACGACGAAAUGGUGGAGGCCAUGAAGAAGGUCGCCUCCAUGGACGUCGAGCUGACCGUCGAGGAGCGAAACCUGCUGUCGGUGGCGUACAAGAAUGUGAUUGGAGCACGCCGAGCCUCGUGGCGCAUCAUCACCUCCAUCGAACAGAAGGAGGAGAACAAGGGGGCCGAAGAGAAACUGGAGAUGAUCAAAACCUACCGGGGUCAGGUGGAGAAGGAGCUGCGCGACAUCUGCUCGGAUAUACUGAACGUGCUCGAGAAACAUCUCAUUCCAUGCGCCACAUCCGGCGAAAGCAAAGUAUUCUACUAUAAGAUGAAGGGCGACUACCAUCGCUACCUGGCAGAGUUCGCCACCGGCUCGGAUCGCAAGGAUGCGGCGGAGAACUCGCUAAUUGCCUACAAGGCGGCCAGUGAUAUAGCCAUGAACGAUUUGCCCCCAACACACCCUAUUCGCUUGGGCUUGGCAUUGAACUUUUCGGUGUUCUACUAUGAGAUACUCAACUCGCCGGACCGCGCUUGCCGAUUGGCGAAGGCCGCUUUCGAUGAUGCCAUUGCCGAGUUGGAUACGCUGAGUGAAGAAAGCUACAAAGACUCGACACUCAUCAUGCAGCUGCUGCGGGACAACCUCACAUUGUGGACGUCCGAUAUGCAGGCAGAAGAAGUAGACCCCAACGCAGGUGAUGGCGAGCCCAAAGCAGAAAUCCAGGAUGUUGAGGAUCAGGAUGUGUCGUAAUUUAAGUAAACCCCCGCCCUUCCAUUUAAAACACAUUAUAUACCUUCUAAAGUAAAUAUAAUAACAUAUAAUAUAUAUGCAUACAACAACAA